CUGGGCCAGCCCUGGGCCGACGAGAUUCGAGGCGUGGCCAAUGCGACGGGCUUUGACCUGGGAGAGAUGGUCCUGUGCAAUCUCUUUUACGAACUCAACUCUGGCUGCACCUCGACCGUGGCCAUGCACGAUGACGGCACCAUCCUCCAUGGCCGCAACUUGGACUACAGCAUUCCUGGACUGCAAAACAUUACCAUCCAAGCCAACUUUACGCGCAACGGUGCCCUGGUCUACAGGACGACCACCUAUGCUGGAUAUGUUGGUGCUCUCACCGGUAUGAAGCCAGGUGUCCUCAGCGUGUCUUUGGACCAGCGUCAUACCAACGCUACGCUCUGGGACAACAUUCGUGAGGCCCUCUUUCGCCAUGGCAAUAGCGUCGGCUUUACCCUCCGCUCAGUCCUGGAGACCAACUCGAGCUUUGAAGACGCCGUUUCCUUUCUCUCCACCGUGGACCUCAUCUCUGUCGAGUACAUUAUUGUUGGCGGUGUUUCUGCGGAACAAGGCGCUGUCAUCACUCGCGAACGAGAGGAUGCCAUUGAUGUCUGGCGAAUCCAGUAUCCGCGCCGCUGGUUUCUGGUAGAGACCAACUACGACCACUGGAAACCAGUGCCGAGCAGUGAUGACCGGCGCGAUCCUGCCAACGCCUUUCUCAACCAAUACUCCCCCUCCAACGUCUCCACCGCAGCCUUUGAGCAAAUGCUCAACACCUACCCCAUGCUCAACGGCAUGACAACCUACACUGCCGUCAUG